AUGACACCAAUGUCAACGCUCAUGACCCAGGUUCCUCCCCACUCCCAGGAUACCUCUCAAUCAUGCAAAUCCACUGAUCCUCUUUGGCUCAGCAUUACUAUGACACCCUACAUGGCCGAACCAGAGGAGUUUGUGACUGUGUACGAGGGCAGUAUAGAGUUUGAGGAGCUGCAAAUGCUAUGGUGGAUGAGAAUAUUCUAUAAUAUGCCUGCCCAGCGUGAUCUAAAACCCCCUUUUUAUUGUGUUACUCAGGGCCGCUACAUUGGAGUGUUUCCGGCAUAUCUCUGGCAUGAUGUAAAAAUUGAGCUGUGGACACCAGGCAAUUAUGUUGCUACCUUCUUUGCAGUUCAGUCACUUGUUCUGGGAGAACAUAAGAGUUAUGUGGGCAUUGCCCAGUCUGUGGUUGGGACUAGUUAUGGGAGGAUGUUGUACUACGAGAAUGCCAAGUACUAG